CAGACCUGCUGUUAUCAACUGUCCAGAGACAGCAGGAACGGUAGAGACAACCAGUGAAGAGACAGAUGACUUCGUGCUGAGGUGUGACCUUUCCUGAGAGCAAAAUGGAGUCGUCUGAACACAGUGCUCAGUUCGUGGACAAGUACAGGUCCGAUCUCAUUCAGAGGGUCACCAUGGUGAUGCCUAUAGCUGAAGACCUACUCUCUCAGAACAUGAUCCAUGAAGAGGUGUACUCCAACAUCAGUGCUGCCAGGACUAAUCAGGGCAAAAUGAGGGAGCUCUUUACAGCCCUCCACUCUGGAGGAAACAAAGUGAAAUCUGCCUUUCUCUCCAUGCUGAGGGAGCAUGAACCUAAUCUGGUCCAGGACUUGGAAUUCCACAUCAAACAAGGAGAUCAACGAGAGAACAAAAGCACAAUAAGCCUAAACUACAAGGAAUUCAUCAGAGGUGAAUAUGCCACAGUGCAGGAGUACAACUCUCUCCCUGGAGAACAUGUGAAGCUAGAUGACCGCUACACUGAGCCCCUGAUCAUCCAGAAACACCGUCAGCAGAGAGAGAGAGAGGAGGAGAUCCGCUCCAGAGGACAGAACUUUUAUCAAGUUAUGGACCAGAGGGACAGCGAGACCUACAAGAGUACCAAAGUGGAGAGGCUGUUUGAUCCAGACGAGCAUGGAGACAUUCAGAGAACAGUGAUACUGCAGGGCAACACUGGAACUGGCAAGUCAUUUACCACACAGAAGAUCAUGUCUGACUGGGCGUUUGGAAGACUUUACGAAGACCGAUUUGACUUUGUUUUUCACCUGAGGUGCAGAGAACUGAACAAGGCCACUGGAAAUAAAAGUGUGAUAGAUCUGCUGAACUACAAUCAAAGUUCAUCAUCAAUGAUCAAGCACGUCCUCUGCCAGUCUCCUGAGAGGGUUCUCUUCCUGGUAGACGGCUUUGAUGAGCUCAAAUUCUCACUUGAUGUACCUAAAGACUCCCUUCCCAGGGACCCGUGGACACAAUGCUCCCCCGAAGUGACACUGAGUGGUCUGAUACGGAGACAGAUCUUGCCCGAGUCCUUCAUGCUUGUUACCACCAGGUCCACAGCGAUGGAAAAACUAAAAGUGGUCAAACAUCCAGUGAGAUACGCUGAGAUAUUGGGCUUUUCUGAGGAAGGCGUGAAGGUCUACUUUGAGAAGUUCUUCAAACAGAAGCAACACUCACAUCAAGCCUAUGACUCUGUGAGGAAAAAUGAAACCCUUUUCACCGCAUGUUUCAUUCCAGUCAUCUGCUGGAUCAUUUGCACAGUUUAUAGGGAGCAGUUUGAUGAAGGCACAGAGAUGAUACAAUCACUGGAGACCACCACCUCCAUCUUUGUUGAAUUUGUUGACACUCUGUUGAAGCACCACUGUCAGGAUUUGGGUCAGUCAGCUCUUACCAUCCUCCAAGGACUAGGCAAGCUGGCAGAAAAGGGAAUGGAAGAGCAGCAAGUGUUAUUUGACCAUGAUAGUGUGUCACAGACCGUGUCAGAUCCUUCCAAAGUCCCAUUCUUGUGUAAGUUUCUCCAAAAGAAGAGAGUAAGUCAGACCACUAUGUACAGCUUCAUGCACCUCAGCUUCCAGGAGUUUUUCACAGCCCUCUCAUACAUGUUACUGGGUGAUGAGGAAGCUCAGGGGAAAGUUAGAGAGCUACUUUCUAAGGUUCGACGUGGACCGUACCCCUUUCACCUCCUACCCUUUCACCUCCUACCCUUUCACCUCCUACCCUUUCACCUCCUACCCAUUGUUCAAUUUCUCUUUGGCAUCUUAAACAAGGACGUUGUAAAACGACUGGAGGAAAAACACAUCUCUUGUUCUCAAGGAAUCUGGACCCAGCUCAAACAUUUUAUUCUGGAAGUCAUUGAAAAAGGAAAGGUGGAUCAAAUCGUUAGACGUACAAUGCAGCUUUUCACAUUUCAUUGUCUAUAUGAGCUCCAUGCAGAUGAUUUUGUUAAAGAAGCCAUGGACACAUACACAGACAUUAAUAUGUCAGGAAGUCCCCUGAAGAAAACAGACUGUUGGGUGUUGAUGUAUUGUCUUCAGCAUUGCAAGUCCAUCGAAUGUCUUGAACUGAGUGGGUGCAAUUUAACUGCAGAGAACAUGAAAAUCCUUCUGCCAGCGUUGCAGAAAUGUAAAGCUCUUGUGUUGCAGGUGGACGACCUAGCCGAUGAUGAUUUAGAUGAUCUGUUGACAGCGCUGGGAGAAGGAAAGAGUUUGGAGCUGGAUCUGAGUGAGAACAACUUCUCUGAUGAGAAAGUACAGGACUUGCUUGUUGCUCUCACUAAACACAAACCCAGAAACGUUGAAAUUGGAGUGAAGUCCAUCACCAGCAAUACAGCUGACAAAUUCAUGUUCCUCAUCAGUAAGGCACAUGCAGACUUGGAUCUGAUAAAGCUUCAUAGUUGUGGGAAUGUUUUUUUGAGUGGCCAGCUACAGAAAGAUGGAGUAUUGAGUGUCCAGCUACAGAAAGAUGGAGUACGAGCCCCCCAAAUUGUUCUUUGGAUAAAAGUGCCAGAGAUGAAAAUGAUCUGUGACUCCAUCAGAACAUCUGGCUACCGUUUGACUGGAGUGAAGUUGAGAGUGAGUCGUUGGGCUGACAAGUACGCAUUCCCCUACCCUACAGACAAUUGGAGGUUAACGUUUCACAUAGACGGGCCUCUCAGAUGCGGCGUAGGGCCUGAAGGUCUACAGCCAGCACUUAUCAGCGUUGAAUUGUCCCUAUACGGCGAUGUUGUAUUUGACUGGAGACGCAUCAAUCAGCUACGUCAAACUCUGCAGCAUAAGCCAGAGUGGGAUGAGCAUGCUGACGAACUGAUCUCGCUGCUACACUCUCAAACCAUUCUGGAGGGAAUAUAUCUGUUGGUGAGCAGCUUGACAGAGAGGUGUGCUGCCAGUGUAGUCAGUCUGAGCCAGGCCUGUUUCAACCUGAAGGACAUAAUCCUUCAAGUAAACGGUUUCUUAUUGGAGGAAGGAAUACAAUGCUUACGUGAAUCGAAGAGGCGCCCAGAUAACCAGUUACUUCUCUUGGGGAGGAGAUGCAGGAAGCUUGCUGACCAGUGCUCUGAGGAGAAGGACAAGAGGCUCAGUUGUAAUGACAACGUUUUACUCGCUCUACAUGGAGAAUCAUUCAUAGAGAUUGUGUUAAGGCAUGGGAACGAAAGCGGUAUUGAUGACACAUGGAAUGGGAAUGAAAGCGAUAGUGAUGGCACGGGGAAUGGGAACGAAAGCGAUAGUGAUGGCACGGGGAAUGGGAACGAAAGCGAUAGUGAUGGCACGGGGAAUGGGAACGAAAACGAUAGUGAUGGCACGGGGAAUGGGAAAGAAAGCAAUAGACCUAGAGAUGAUAUAAAGUGUAAAGGGUGUUGUGUUGUUGGAUAGUGACCAUGAUGAAGACAACAGAGAUGGUAUAAGAAUUAUAACAAGAGGACAAAGACAACAGAGAUUGUGAGAAAUACAGCAUACAAGAGACGGAGGACAAAGACAAGUGUGAAGAUACAUACCUUUGAUCCUAAUACCACUUAGAUUUGUACUGAUACUAACUAUACACACCGGAAAUGUUUUUGGGGUGGUAAUUUCAAAAUGUGACUUUAGAAAGACUACAAGAUUAAGCCAAAUGAACUGAACUGAACGUAUCUUACCUGUAUUGGAGUCUUUAUGGGAAUGGUUCUCACUAUUAACAAUGUAAUAUGCUGUAUUGUUAAAUAUUAUAUGUACAUUUCUGUGUAUCUCUGUAUAUAUGCACCACUAUACAUGCCAAUGUGAACUUUACCACUGCAGUACUUCCUUCACUGUAUAAUAUUUUACCCCCAUUCAUUUAUUACCACCAUACUUAUGUAUGUUCUUGAUAUUAUUAUUUUUUAAUUAAAUACUUUAUUACAUGUAAUUGUUCAUACUAUAUAUGUUGUGUUUAUACUGUUUGUGUAAAUUAUUAUUUCUACAUUCUGUCUGUUUAUUGAAAGGCAUUGUCAGCACCAUUUCACCGGGUCAAAUCCCCGGUACAUGUAAAUGUACUUGGUGAGUAAAGGUGGUUGUGAUUCUGAUUCUGAGAGUUUAAGUGCAGGAGACAAGCAGCAUUUCUCUGAACCUCUCGUAUUCCCUGGGUUUCUGCUUGUGUUCCUCUGUGGCUCAGUUGGUAGAGCUUGGAGCUUGCAGUGCGUUUGAUUCCCAUGACCACCUGAAAGUUAAAUGUAUGUGUGACUAAAAAUUGCUUUGGAUAAAAGUGUCUGCCACUUUUCAAGGUGGUUCAGUGUGUCCACUAGUCCGGGGCCAAACUUGGAAGAAUAUUCUCAGAUUUUGAUCCUACUUGUGUUGGAUGUAAAACGGAAUCAGCAACACUGUUUCAUAUGUUUUGGGACUGUCAUAAACUGUCGGGUUGGAAUUAACAUUUAAAUGUUUCUCUGAUAUGGCACUGUCAUAGAUCCGUCUCCCCUUACAGCCAUUUUUGGAGUACUACCCAUAGGCAACCAUCUUUAUACCACCCUUUUAGCUAGAUGGCUAGUACUCCAGAACUGGAAGAUGGUGGUUCCCCCAUCUUAUAAAUAAGACAUUACAUUGCGUACAGGUGGGAACUCCAUACUGUUUUAUGAAACUUAGGCUCCAUACCGGUCUUACUAUGAACUGUCCACCUUCUGAUGGCAUUCUUAUUAAAACUAAAUAAAUAUCUAUUUGACUUC